AUGUCCGACAACGGCGAGGUUGAAGUCGAAAACCCAACCUCAGGUUGGCCCGUCCUGCCCAAAGAUGUCAUGCAAGAGAUUGGGAGCGUGAAGCUCUUCGGGCGCUGGAGUUAUGAGGAUGUCGAAGUCAGAGACAUCUCAUUGACCGACUACAUCCAAAUCCGAUCCCCUGUCUACAUCUCCCACUCCGCGGGUCGAUAUGCCGCAAAGCGUUUCCGAAAGGCACAAUGCCCCAUCAUCGAACGACUGACCAACUCCCUGAUGAUGAACGGUCGAAACAACGGCAAGAAGCUGAUGGCUAUCAGAAUCGUGGCACACUCGUUUGAGAUCAUCCACAUCAUGACCGACCAGAACCCCAUCCAAAUCGCCGUCGAUGCCAUCGUCAACUGUGGCCCUCGUGAAGACAGCACCAGAAUUGGCAGCGCCGGUACAGUCCGAAGACAAGCCGUCGAUGUGUCCCCUCUCCGCCGUGUCAACCAGGCCAUCGCCCUGCUCACCAUUGGCGCCCGCGAAGCCGCAUUCCGGAACGUCAAGAGCAUUGCCGAGUGCCUUGCCGAAGAGCUGAUCAACGCUGCCAAGGGAAGCAGCAACUCGUACGCCAUCAAGAAGAAGGACGAGUUGGAGCGUGUGGCCAAGAGCAAUCGGUAA